UGGUUAGUUCGGUGUUCGAGAGCGCACUUUGUGUGUGUGAGAGCGCCAUGGAUGUUGCCCACAUUUGCUUUCUAUGUUCUUUAUUUGUAUGCAACUACGCUGCUUCGCCGCCCAACUUCGUGCUCAUUUUCGCCGAUGAUUUGGGUUUCGGCGACCUGGGGUGUUACGGACAUCCUAGCUCUUUGACCCCCAACCUGGACCGACUGGCGGCGAAGGGGCUCCGCUUUACGAACUUCUACAGCACCAGUCCUGUCUGUAGCCCGUCCAGGGCAUCACUAUUGACAGGCCGCUACCAGACCCGCUCAGGGAUCUACCCCGGGGUCCUGUAUCCUGGCUCAAUCGGUGGUCUUCCAUUGAACGAGACCACCAUCGCAGAGGUGCUGAAACCUCUUGGCUACGCCACAGCCGUGGUAGGGAAAUGGCACCUGGGCGUGGGGGCCAAUGGAAGGUUCCUUCCGACCAGGCAGGGCUUUGACGAGUACCUGGGGAUUCCAUACUCCCACGACAUGGGUCCAUGUCACAACCUGUCAUGCUUUCCGCCGGAUGUCAAGUGCUUCGGACUGUGCGACAUCGACACGGUGGCGGUCCCGCUGAUGCACAACGAGGUCAUCAAGCAACAGCCCGUUAACUUCCUGGAUCUGGAACGGGCUUACAGUGACUUCUCCACCGCUUUCAUCGCCGCAGCGGCCGAAAAGAGCCAACCUUUCUUCCUCUACUACCCUUCCCAUCACACCCAUUGCCCCCAGUAUGCAGGCCCGGGGGCUGCUGGGAAGACUUCAAGGGGUCCAUUUGGAGACGCUCUGCUGGAGUUUGACAACACUGUGGGAAACCUGCUGGCUACAUUGGAGAAGACCGGCGUGAUCAACAACACACUGGUCUUCUUCACGUCGGACAACGGUCCUUCAUUAUUUCGCAUGGACCGCGGAGGUAACGCGGGGACACUGAGAUGCGGCAAAGGCACCACGUAUGAGGGCGGCAUGAGAGAGCCAGCCAUCGCCUAUUGGCCCGGCAUGAUCACGCCAGGUGUGACCCAGGAGCUGGCCAGCACUCUGGACAUCCUGCCCACCAUCGCUGGGCUCGCUGGAGCUAGAGCGCCCCCUGUGGUGCUCGAUGGUGUCGACAUGGCCGACAUCCUUUUCAACCACGGAAAGAGCAAAAGGGAGAGCAUGAUGUUCUACCCCACUGAUCCUAGUGAAGAAUGUGGCCUGUUUGCUCUUCGCCUGGGGAAGUACAAGGCUCACUUCUACACACAAGGCUCCAUCCACAGCACCACCACCCCAGACAAAGAGUGUUCAACAUUCGCCUUGCGGAAGCAUCACGACCCCCCGCUUAUCUUCCAUUUGGACGCCGACCCGUCUGAGUGGUACCCUCUCCCGCUGGACGGCCAGCCGGACAUGCAGGAGCUGCUGGAGAGGAUGAAGAGAGUCAAGGAAGAGUUUGAAGGCUCCAUGUUGUUUGGGGAGAGUCAGAUCUCCAAGGGAAGUGACCCCCAGCUGGAGCCUUGUUGUAAUCCACAGUGCAGUCCCAAACCCGGCUGCUGCCACUGCUGACAUCAAUGCAGGUCUCAUGGACUCCUGGGACACAAAGACGUGGCAAGCGAACCUGCUCAGCAUGGGGUGCUUGGUGAUGAAGCCAAAGUAGCUGAGGAGGAACAGAUGGAGAACAAUGUCAGAGCAAGUCCGCCUGAGGGCAGAAGGUAGGUGGAGUACCAGUUGUUCUUUGGAUGGCAGCCGCAGAAGGAGAUGUUCUUCAUUUGGAAGAAGUGACUACAUCGGUCAAACUGACGGUGGAGACAAGGAACAGGAUUAACUCCUACAUGAAAUCAGACUAAUUGGGAGAAAGUGACUUCAAGGAACAGGAUUAACUCCUACUAAAUAUUUCAUACUGGUGUAGUUUGUACUAACUCCACAAGAUGGCAGUAGCUGACCACAAUACAAAUGGCACAUUUUCAAAUUGUCAAAAGUAGUCCCAGACAUGAUAAAAGUAGAAAUCAUUCAUUAUGAAAAGGACUUGGUUGGAUGCUCACUGUGAGGUUGAACAUGUUCUGGUCGUGGUGUUAGUUUAUUUGGACCAUGCGUAGUUAGAAAACAUGUUGCUCGUUUCUCGUUACAACAAGUACGAAAAGGAGUAGGAAGAAGCAGAAUUGAUUGAACCCUUUCUCCGUUCUACAGCAAUUGCAAACACAUUUGUUUGUUCACUUCCACACUUGGUCACCUCCACACUCUUUUAGUCCAAUAUAGUCACCAAUUGAAUCCAAUAUAGUCACAAUUUAAUCCAAUAUAGUCACCAAUUUAAUCCAAAAUAGU